AUGCAAUACAACACCCACGACGAAUGGAUGUUUCGAUCAUCACGUUUGCAUGAUUUAAAUCUUGGUCUUCAACUUAAGAGCAUAUGUGGCGGAAGUAGAAUUACUUUUUCUUUAUGUAAUUCUGACUUAGGGUUUAUCAGAGUGCUGCAGACUUUUGAAAAGCUCAGAUUUUUAGUCCAAAAUGGAACACGAUUCACUCUUAACCAAGAUCCAAGAGUUACACUCUGUGGAUACAGUAUUCCUCAUCCUUCAGAAGCUAAAGUAAACAUAAGAGUCCAGACAACAGGUGAUCCAGCAAAGGAAGUAUUGAAAGAUUCAUGCCAAGAUCUCAUGAUGAUAUGUCAGCAUGUUAGGAGCACUUUUGAGCAAGCAGUUGCUGAUUUUAAGAACAAUGAAGGCUCUGAAAGCCAGUAAACGAAGAGCUUAUUACUGCCCUCUGUUUGAUUUAACAUUGAUCAUAGUCUUAAGGGGUUGUUAAUUUUUGAUUUAAUGAUCUUAAUGGGUUAAGAACUUAGUUCCGAAGACACUUUCACGUUUCUUAUUAAAAGUUUUAAAAUUUUGAUGAUCACAAAAAUCACUCUUAUCAUUGCAUUUGAGAAAACUUGGAGCA